AUUGAUAGAUUGAUUAUGGGAUUCAAAGUAUGGUUCUCAUACGAGGAUGAGGAGGUGGAGCUUGCCGACUUGAAUCUCGAGACGACAGUGUCGGCCAUUCGAAAGAUUAUACACGAGGGCAAGAUAUUCCACUUCCCCUAUGGCACAUCACAGACCGACAUACAGAUUGGCCGAAUGAUUGGCGACAAGUUUGAAAAGUACAAGGCCAGGAACACCCUAUCAGACAUCCAAUAUAAGGUGGGCGAUACAUUACAUGUCAUUGUCAAGAAGAUAAAGGUUGCGGACAAUGCAUCGAUACCAACUCUUCAUAUGGGCGUGUUGGAAAACUCAGAGAGAGUGGUCAAGUGGGAGUACAACCCUUAUACAGCCACAGCACAAUGGACUUGCACGGCUAUAUUGGUGCGCAUGGAGCAGGUGCCAUUCGCUGAGGGCGCCUUUAGAAAGGCCUACCAUCUGCAGGACCUCAGCCGGCCCGAGGCGUCGGGCAGGUACGUCGCAAAGAUUGGCAAGAAGCCCACCAACAGGGCCAACUACUUUGAGGACGUCAAGAUGCAGAUGAUCGCCAAGAAGUGGGCCGACAAGUACAACGAGUUCAAGCCGCCCAAGAAGAUCGACUUCCUGCAGUCGUGCGUGCUAGAGUUUGUCGACAGGACGUCGACCGACAUCAUAUGUGGAAUGGAGCCAUACGUCGAGGGUCAAUAUCGCAAGUACAACAACAACAGCGGGUUCGUCAGCAACGACGAGCGCAACACGCCGCAGUCUUUCUCGCACUUUACCUACGAGCACUCGAACCACCAGCUGCUCAUCAUCGACAUCCAGGGCGUGGGCGACCACUACACCGACCCGCAGAUCCACACGUACGACGGCGUGGGCUACGGCCAGGGCAACCUGGGCCAGAAGGGCUUUGAGAAGUUCAUGGACACGCACAAGUGCAACGCCAUCUGCCAGUAUCUCAACCUGCAGAUGAUCAACCCCAAGUCAGAGAAGUCGGACUGCGGCACCGUGCCCCGUCCCGACCUCUUCCUGCCGGACACAUCGACCGAGUCCAGCGGCACCAGCACCAACAACAACAUCAACAACAAUGGCUCAAGCGCAACGGCCCAGAUCGCCAAACCGACACGUGACGACACUCGCGAGAAAUCAAAGUCCAAAUCAAUAGAGAUCGAAAAGGAGAGGUUAGAGAGGAAGAAGGAGCAAUCAAAUUGGGACAUCAGCGGCAUUAAGCUAUUGGACACGAUCAAAGGAUAUCACAACACCAGUGCCCUAUGCAUAUAUGACAAUCAAGUAUUUGCUGGUUGUUCAGAUAAUACGAUAAGAGUAUACGAGUUGAAGAAUAAGACAUUGGAGUUGACACAAACACUGAAAGGACAUGAUGGUGCAGUCGAAUCAGUUUGUUACAAUGACCAAUAUCUCUUCACUGGAUCAUCUGAUCACUCGAUUAAAGUCUGGGAUAUAAAGAAACUAAGAUGUAUUUUUACUUUGGAAGGUCACGAUAAGCCUGUACACACUGUCAUUGUCAAUGACAAGUAUUUAUUCAGUGGAUCAGCGGACAAGUCGAUCAAGAUCUGGGACCUGAAGACGUUGGAGUGCAAGUCAACACUGGAAGGCCAUCAGCGCACGGUCAAGUCGCUGUGCGUCAGCGGCCAAUAUCUGUUCAGUGGCAGCAACGACAAGACGAUCAAAGUGUGGGACCUGAAAACGAUGCGCUGCAACUACACGCUCAAGGGCCACACCAAGUGGGUGUCGUGCAUAUGCAUCGUCGGCACCAACCUGUACUCGGGCUCCUACGACAAGACGAUCCGAGUGUGGUCGCUCAAGUCGCUCGAGUGCGUGUGCACGCUGCGCGGCCACGACCACUGGGUGCAGCACAUGGUCGUCUCGGACAAAUACCUGUUCAGUGCCAGCGAUGACAACACGAUCAAGAUCUGGGAUUUGGACUCACAGAGAUGUCUGUCCACUCUGGAAGGCCACAACGCCAUCGUGCAGUGUCUGGCGCUCUGGGAGGAGAAGCGAUAUCUGCUCAGCAGCUCACACGACCAGACCAUCCGAGUAUGGGCCUGGGACAACUUCAACAGUGUUGUCGCCGCCUCUGAGAACAUCAGUGACAAGCCAACAACU